UAUCUCGUAGAAACUAGAUUGUAUUUCUUCUCUUGUUCUCUUCCACAUUUAAGCUUUCUUCUUAUCAUCUCAUCAAUCACCCUCUCAUACCUUAUCACGACCUCACCUGAUCAUCUCAGCUACCCAUCAUGACUGUUCCUCCCAAGCCUCCUCGCAUUCAGGUCAACGACCUCUCGUACACGUUCCCCGACUACUCAACCGGUAUCAAGAACAUCACCCUGGAUCUGCCUCCGCGCUCACGAACUCUUUUGAUUGGUGCCAACGGCGCUGGAAAGACGACCCUCCUUCGCCUGCUCGCCGGCAAGCGUCUCUCACCCAGCAACACCAUCUCCAUCUGCGGAGUUGAUCCCUUCAAGGAGAGUCUCGAGGGUGUCACUUAUCUCGGCCUCGAAUGGGUCCUCAACCCUAUUGUUCGCAACGAUAUUGGUGUCAAUGAGCUUCUCCGCUCUGUCGGUGGCGAUGCUUACCCCGAGCGUCGGGAUGAGCUCGUAGCCAUGCUCGAUGUCGACACCAACUGGCGCAUGCACGCCGUUUCUGAUGGUGAGCGCCGCCGCGUUCAGCUUGCCAUGGGUCUCGUGCGACCUUGGACUAUCCUCCUGCUUGACGAGAUCACGGUCGAUCUUGACGUCCUCAGCCGCGCCGAGUUCCUCGGCUGGCUCAAGCGUGAGACCGAGAUCCGAGAGUGCACCAUCGUCUACGCUACUCAUAUUCUCGACAACCUCGCGGGCUGGCCCAGUCACCUCGUCCACAUGCACCUUGGCACAGUCAAGGAAUGGGACGAGGCUGACAAGAUGCUCUCCACCAUUGAUGGUACUGUGGGCGCUUCUGGCAACAGUCGCCUGGGUGAGCUUGUCCUGGGCUGGCUACGAGAUGAUCGAAAGGAGCGAGGACCCCGCAGCCAUAUGAAGCGCGCACCCGAGGGUAAGACGUACGGCUUCGGUGGUAUCCAGAUCGGCGGCUACGGUGACGAGUCCAAGCAGCGUGAGGUCUAAACACGACAUGACUAGGGCGGCUGCAUCGAGGGUUUCUUAACAAUCACCUCGAGUUUCAUUUGUCUUUGCCUGGAGUUCAAAAAGGACGGGUGGCACUCAACUGCAUUUCAGGCGCGGGAACAUAGGGAAGACGGAGAUGACGGUAUAUGGUGCUCAUGCAUGGCGUUCGAUUUGAAAGAAAACAGUCCUCAACCCUGGUUUCUACGGCGUUUGAUACUCUUCAACAUUUCAUGCAUGGAGGUUUUGCUUGGAUGGCGGUUCAUGGGUUCUAUUCUCUGAUACAUGUACUUGAUACCCUGUAUUUCAACCAAGGGGAUAAAGGCUUUGGUCACAUCAACUAGACAAGUCUUGAUUCAUAAAAUUCUAGCGGUACUUGAGAUGACGCAGUACUG